CGUUCAAAACACAGAGGCGACCGUUCUGACGGGAAACGUUGUCGCCGUAGAAAUCUGCAAAAAGGACGAAAAGGACAAAAAGGAGGCUCAGAGCGACACCUAGUUGUCACAAUGGCAGAAGGAGGAGAUGUAGAAUGGGAGCUGAGCAAAGAAAACAUCCAGCCACUGCGGCGAGGCAGAGCCAUAUCAGCCUUACAUCAGGCACUCAGUCAACAACAGGAUGGACUCAGCUCUGCCAUCCACCAGCAGAGACAGGCCUUUGAGUCUGAACUGCGAAUGUAUGACGGAGAUGAUCCACUCGAUGUUUGGGAUCGGUAUAUCAAGUGGACAGAGCAGACCUUCCCUCAGGGAGGAAAGGAGAGCAACCUCGCCUCGCUGUUGGAACAAGUCGCGACUAAAUUCACGGAGGAAAAGAAAUAUCACAACGACCCUCGUUAUGUUGAUAUCUGGAUCAAAUUUGCAGAGAACUGUCCCGAGCCCUUGGACAUAUACAGGUACAUGCAAGCGCAGGGAAUUGGAGUGACACAGGCAUCUCUUUACAUCGCUUGGUCUGAGGAAUAUGAGAAUCAGGGCAACUGUCGCAAAGCAGACCUGGUGUACCAGGAGGGAUUCAAGAAGUUUGCUGAGCCGCAUGAUAAGCUCCUGCAGUUUCACAAGGCUUUGCAGGCACGUGUGUCCCGACAGGUGAUGAUGGAGGUGGAGGAAGACGAUAGUGAUGAUGAGGCUAGACAAGCUGAGAGAGUUUCUCUAGCUGACCUCAAACAUAGAGGGAAGAAGAAGGCCAUUGCCCCGAUCAACAGAGCUGGGCCUGCAAUCAGAAGUAUUUCUGGAGGCCUGCAGUCACGCAGCAACCCGGUUCUUGGCAAUGUUUCAAACAGUCGGAUGGUGAUCUUUGAUGAGAACAACAUUGAAAGUGCUGGCCCUUCAGAGCCUAAAUUAGAGUCGUGGGUGGCCCCUCCAACUUCCAGGGCAAAGGAGAAUGAGCAGAGGCCUGAAAGAUGGUGUGAUGUAAAGAUGCCCCAGAAGACCAAAUUCGGGCAUACUGUUAUGGCCCCACCGCCUCCCAAACCCAGCUUCCAGCCAUUUGUGGAGGAGUCAGACCAGCCUCCUACAAUGACUCCAUGUAAGAUCAACCCGGCAGUGAACACAGUUUUAUCAUUGCGUAAGCCGGGCAGAGAGGAAACCCCUCUAAAGAGACUGCAGGAGCACCGUCAGCAACAGAAGGAAGCAGAAUCAGGAAAACUACAGGAGCAGAGCAUGUACUGUAAAGAGCUGCUGCUCAGUGGCGCCACAGAGUUCUGCUUUGAGGAACUGCGCACUGAACGCUAUUUUAAAAAGAUGGUACCGAAAUCACAUGAGGUCGGAGGUCAAAAGGAUCAACCUAGUGCCAGUGCUUCAAACUGAUGCAUCUUAGAAGACUGAAAAUGUUAUCCUUUUUUUAAUCUUCAUUUAGACGAGAUUUUAUCCACAAGUAUCAUGUCAUCACUGUAAAUAUUUUGUUCAGAGAGAUCCAGUUACCUUAAAAAGGUAAAAAGACGAGGGGCAUUUCAAUUCAGUAGAAAAUACUAAACGGAUGGGAAGAUGGGAAUAAACAUCUGCACAAUUUCAACAAAAA